GACCUCAAACCCGACAAUAUAUUGAUUGCACUAAAAGUCAAGAACCGGAGGUUUAUAAAGUUAGGUGACUUUGGGUUGGCAACAUUGAACUCCAGUUCCUUGGGAUGUCAUGCCACAGGAGUGGGAACUCUUAGAUACAUGGCACCAGAAUUCUCCGAAAUUGAGUAUUUAUUCGGGAUAUAAAAUAUACGACAAAUUCAUUAAAUUGGAUCAAAUCAUAGACUCGAUGUGUGUUCCCAUUCAUAGCACUAGACCCGAGUGUUCACAAGUAAUAUCGGAAUAUAACUUAUGGUCUAUUGAUAGGAAUUGUCUCCAAAAUGAUCCCACAUUUGAAUCCACACUAAACCUCAUUCAACAAAAUGAUUACAAGUUUUUCGAACAAUAUUUGGAAGAAAA